AUCACGUGUAUAUAUUGCAAAGCAAAACCAUAGAGAAGAGUAUUCAGCUUCAAACAAGUUACAAAAAUGGCUAAAGCACAUAUAUGUCUUUAUUUCGUCAUCUUUUUAUACCUUUAUUCAGAAGGAACUUUCACGAGAGUCAACGCAGAGGGUCGUCAUGGGGAGUGGUGUGUGGCGAAACCAGCUACGAAGAAAGAAAAACUUCAACAAAUUAUUGAUUUUGCACGUUCUAAAGUCAAUUGUGCAGAUAUAUCGAAUGGCGGUGCAUGUUAUUCUCCUGAGGAUCUCCUGCUUCAUGCUUCUGUAGCCAUGAAUAAUUAUUAUCAAGCGGAAGGAAGACACUUUUGGAAUUGCAAUUUCGAAGGCUCUGGCAUCAUUGCCAUAACUGAUCCGAGCACUGGAAAUUGCAAAUAUCAAUUAAAAAAAUGAAGUAUAUAAAGCUUCGUCUUUGUUACAAAAACAAAAUAGAGAACUCUAGUUCUCGAAUUUCAUAUCUGAUUUCUAAAGUUUAUGUGGUUCUAUUUGCAACUAUUAAAUGUUUAAGUUUACAUCAUCUAUCAUCUUAAGUUUCAGAAAAAGUUUUCCAUCAUCUUAUGAUUGUUAGAAGAAUAUAUAUAAAUUGUAGUCUGCCGUUAGUUUUUA